AUGAGUGAACAAGAAGCUAGUAAUCAGUUUUUUAACUUUCCUAGAGAGGAAGAGAAUGUUAUUAAGCAAUGGGAGGAAUCAAAUGCAUUUCAAAGAUCAUUAGAGAUUACUAAAGAUCUUCCUCCAUUUGCGUUCUUUGAUGGACCACCAUUUGCUACAGGUACGCCGCAUUAUGGACAUAUCUUAGCAUCUACUGUUAAGGAUAUUAUUCCACGUUAUGCUACUAUGAACGGACACCAUGUUGAGAGAAGAUUCGGAUGGGAUACGCAUGGGUUACCAGUGGAACACGAAAUCGACAAGAAAUUGGGCAUUACUGGUAAGGAAGACGUUAUGAAUAUGGGUAUUGACAAGUAUAACAACGAGUGUCGUGCAAUUGUUAUGAGAUAUGCCGAUGAAUGGCGUAAGACUAUCACCAGAUUGGGUAGAUGGAUUGAUAUGGAUAAUGAUUACAAGACUUUAUACCCAGAAUUUAUGGAAUCUGUCUGGUGGGCCUUCAAGGAGUUGUUCAAGAAGGAUGCUGUGUAUAAGGGUUUGAGGGUCAUGCCGUACUCGACCGGAUUAACCACUCCAUUGUCCAAUUUUGAGGCACAACAAAACUAUAAGGAAGUCAACGAUCCAGCAGUUACUAUUGGUUUUCCAUUGGUUGACGAUGAAAACACUUGGUUAGUUGCAUGGACUACUACGCCAUGGACUUUGCCUUCGAAUAUUGCUUUAGCUGUUCAUCCGGAAUUUGAAUAUAUCAAAAUAUUCGAUGAAGAAAAGCAAAAGAACUUCAUCUUAUUAGAAUCUUUAUUGUCUACAUUAUAUAAGAAACCUGCUGCUGCAAAGUAUAAGGUUAUUGAAAAAAUCAAGGGUAAGGAUUUAGCUGGUACCAAGUAUACUCCAUUGUUCCCAUAUUUCUAUGAAUCGUUCAAAGAUCGUGGGUUCAAAGUUAUCUGUGCUGACUAUGUUACUGCUGAAUCAGGUACCGGUAUUGUUCAUCAAUCCCCAGCUUUUGGUGAAGAAGAUUUCAACGCCGCUACAAAGGCAGGAAUUAUCGACGAAAAAAAGCAACCUCCAAACCCAGUUGAUGACAACGGUAAAUUCACUAAUGAAGUAAGUGAUUUCGCAGGUAUAUAUGUUAAAGAUGCUGAUAAGUUAAUCAUCAAGAAAUUGACACAAGACGGUAGACUUUUAGUUUCUACUCAAUUGAAGCACUCGUACCCAUUCUGCUGGAGAUCUGAUACACCAUUAUUAUAUAGAACUGUUCCAGCAUGGUUCGUUCGUAUCACUAAUAUUGUUCCUGAUAUGUUAAAGAAUGUUGAGAGAACCAGAUGGGUUCCAUCGACAAUUAAGGAAAAGAGAUUUUCUAACUGGAUUGCCAAUGCUAGAGAUUGGAAUAUUUCAAGAAACCGUUACUGGGGUACUCCAAUUCCAUUGUGGGUGAGUGAUGACUUCGAAGAAAUCGUCUGUGUUGGCUCGAUUGAUGAAUUGAAGGAAUUGUCUGGAUGUGAUGACAUCACUGACAUCCAUCGUGAAAGCAUUGAUUCCAUCACAAUUCCUUCUAAACAAGGCAAGGGUCAAUUAAAGAGAAUCGAAGAAGUUUUCGAUUGUUGGUUCGAAUCUGGGUCUAUGCCUUAUUCCUCUAACCACUAUCCAUUUGAAAAUAAGGAUAAGUUCUUAAAGGCUUUCCCAGCAAACUUUAUUUCAGAAGGGUUAGAUCAGACAAGAGGUUGGUUCUACACAUUAACAGUCUUAGGUACAUACUUAUUUAAUACUGCACCAUAUCAAAACGUUAUCGUAUCUGGUAUUGUCUUAGCCUCAGACGGUAAGAAAAUGUCCAAGCGUUUAAAGAACUACCCUGAUCCUUCUAUCGUCUUAGAGAAAUAUGGUGCUGAUGCAUUAAGAUUAUACUUAAUCAACUCUCCUGUAUUAAGGGCGGAAACUUUGAAAUUUAAAGAAGAAGGUGUCAGAGAAGUUGUUUCUAGUGUUUUGUUACCUUGGUACAACUCUUACAAGUUCUUUAAAGAUGCUGCUGAUCUUUUUAAGAAGGAAAACAAUGUGAAUUUUGUUUACGACUCUACAUUAAAAUCAACCAACGUUAUGGAUAGAUGGUUGUUAGCUUCUAUUCAAUCAUUGAUUAAAUUUAUUCAUGUCGAAAUGUCUGAAUACCGAUUAUACACUGUUGUUCCAAGAUUAUUAUCUCUUAUUGAUGAAUUGACCAACUGGUAUAUUCGUUUCAACCGUCGUCGUCUUAAGGGUUAUUCGGACGAAGGUGUCGAUGAUACUAGAGUUGGUCUUAACACAUUAACCGAAGCUUUAUUAACGUUAUCUAGAGCUAUGGCACCGUUCACGCCUUACUUAUCUGAUGGUAUCUACCAAAGAUUAAAGCCAUAUUUCACUGAUGAAGAAUUAGAGAAGUAUUGUGUCAAUCCAAAUAUGAAGGAUACAAGAUCUAUCCAUUUCUUAUCCUACCCUUCGGUAAAGGAAGAGUUAUUUGAUACUGAGAUUGAAGUUGCUGUUUCAAGAAUGCAAAAGGUUAUUGAUUUAGGUCGUAACAUAAGAGAAAAGAAAACUAUUUCCUUAAAGACACCUUUGAAGGAAUUAGUUAUAUUGCAUUCUGACCCAGGUUAUCUUAGAGAUGUUGAAUCAUUAAAGGGAUACAUUACUGACGAGUUAAAUGUAAGAAACUUAGUUAUUACUUCAGAUGAAGCUAAAUAUGGUGUUGAAUAUACCGUUGUUGCUGACUGGCCUGUUUUAGGUAAAAAAUUGAAGAAAGACGCCAAGAGAGUGAAAGCAGCGUUACCAAACGUUUCUUCUGCAGAGGUCCAAAAGUUUGCCGAAUCCGGUAAGAUUACCGUUGAUGGAAUUGAUUUAGUAACUGAAGACUUACAAGUCCAACGUGGUUUGCCAACAGAAAAGGCUUCCCAUGGUCAAGAAUCUAGAUCCCAACAAGAUGUUUUGAUUAUUUUGGAUGUUAACAUGUAUCCAGAAUUGCAAAGUGAAGGUUUGGCCAGGGAAUUAAUUAACCGUGUUCAACGAUUACGUAAAAAGGCAGGUUUGAACACUACUGAUGAUAUCAAGGUUGAAUACAAUUUAAUCAAAGAUACUAUUAAUUUUGAAAAUGUUAUUAAAGACCAUGAAGGUAUAUUAGUCAAAUCAACUAAAAGACCAUUGGAGCCAUUUACUAGCGACGAAUCUAAGGUUAUCAUCGACGAAGAACAAACCAUUAAUGAUACUACUUUCAAUUUGAGAUUAUUAAGAAUCUAA